UAGAGUUUUUAAUAAAUAUAAUCAAGUGACAUUUUCCGAUAAUUAUUUUUUCAUUAUAUUCUACACUAUUUCCUAUCCAUAUUAUUUCGGUUUACAUGAGCUAUAAAACCAAAAUAAAAUGGCUUAUGUGAACGUUGCGGAAUGGUCUCCGGACCAGGUAACAGAUUGGCUAAAAGGAUUGGAUAGUGCAAUUUGGAACUACAUACCCUACUUCUUAAAUAAUGGAAUUGUUGGUAAAACACUUUUACAAAUUCGACCAGACGAGUUACAGAAAUUGGGAAUGGAUAAAAUAGGACAUCAGGAAAUAGUUUUAGAGGCUGUUGGACAUCUGCGUAACUUUCAUUAUGAUCUUGACCGAGAAAACUUGCAACACUUAGCACUUAAAUUAAGUACAGCUGCAACGUCACUAUAUAGAGAACUUUGCCACUGUGAGGACAGCAAUAAACUAGAAACACAAAUUUUGAGUAGUGUGACACAUACUAUUUCAACAAUAAAACCUAUGGCUUGUUGGCUGGAUAGAUCACCAUUUAGCGGGCAGAUGGAAUUUACAGAAAAAAGAGCAAAUUUACUGAAGCUAGCAAUUGACAUGGCUACAAAUGGACAAAGAGAUAGAUUUGCUGAUAAACCCGUGGCUGAAAUAAGUAGAAUGGCUAAUCAGCUGGCUAAAUUGGCUGAUGAAAUUAUACAAGAUAUAACUGAUCCUAUGUUAUUACAACCUGCUAGCUUAGACUUGGCCACAUUAAAAAAAAGAGAAAAUGAUUUAGGAUUUAGUAUUCUUCCAAAUUAUCAUGGAUCUUUGCAAAUUUCAGAUAUAAAAUUUGGUUCCCCAGCCCAUAUUAGUGGCAAAAUUGAAGAAGGCGAUGAAAUAGUUCAAGUAAAUUAUCAAACAGUGGUGGGUUGGCAAAGACAAAAGGUGUUAUUAUUAUUUCAAGAAUCCCCUCCAGAUGUAUUACUUACAUUAAAAAAGCGCCCUAAACAUACUAAAAUUUAUGGCCAGAUAUAUAUGAAACCUUAUAGAUUACCGAGUAAGAAACGUGCUCUACCAUUUACAAGAUGGCAUGAAAAUUUGCCAUCCCCAAGACCAGAAUUAUUAGCAAUUCCUGACUUUGAUUUUCCAUUGUCAAGAAACAUCAAGCCAAAUCCUGAACCGGUAGUUGACACAUCUGAUAGUUCCGAUUCUGAUAGUGAUAUUUUAACUAAUCAAAGCCCAACUGUACAAAAUAUUAUGUGUGAUAAAACCAGAUUCUAUCUUCCUAAACCGAGAAGUGUUCUGCAAAGGAGGAAUACUAUCUCUGGAUCUAGUUCUUUCUAUAACCGAGGAAAUUGUGAUGUAAAGUUUUGGAAAGAGCUCAAACAAAGUGCUAAUCACACUGGAUCCAGCUAUGAUACUCAUCAACUUGAAAAUGAUAUAAAUCUCUCUGACCCUUUAAGCCUACGAGAUAAAUCAGCAUCUUGCGGUUAUGGUUUGGAAUUAUCUCCUAGACCGAAAACAGUACUUGGUGUCAGUUUAAAUGCAAAAGCCAACAACAAAAUAAAAGAUGAUAAAGCAUUACCUAAUACAUUUAAGACUGAAAUCAAAUGUUUUAUUAGUGGAGAGGGUAAUGUUAUUGAAAACAAAAUUGAAGAAAUAUCAGAACAAAAGAAUUUGAAAAGUGUUCGAUUUGAUACUUCAAAGAAUGAUAAUGAGAUACAUCUGGAUGGUCAAAUAUCAACAGGUGUUGAUAUUAUACCAUUUGUUGAUGAUGAGAAUACAAAUAAUAUAAGUUUGGAAAUGACAGAAAAUAUACUGGAUACAGAUAAAAUUGAAAGCUUUGAGGAAAAUUUAUGUUCAACAGAAAAUGAGAACACGAAUAUAAAAUUUGUUUAUCCGCAGUCAAAUAACCAGGAUGAUUUAACACAAAGUACUGUGCAAAAUGCUACAAUUAAAUCGUUAUCUAGCACUUCUAAAGAAUUUCGAACUCCCAACAUAGAAUUAAAACCUGUAGCUGAACCAAGAACUGUUUUUCUUUAUGCUCCUUCACCUCCUCCCAGGCCUCUAAAUACAUUAAAACCUGCUGUUACUGCUCGAAAACUUAUACAAAAUAGUAGUGAUUCUAAAAUUAAUUCUCCCAAAUUAACACAAGACAUAAAAGUUUCUAGUCCAGUUGCAAGUUCACUUGUACCAGCCCAAAAACUAGCUUGUAAUGAAAGCCAUUUAUUUCUUACAAAAUCUUCUGAUACUGCAAAGAUAUCAUCUCCAGGUGUGAUGUCUCUAUUGGGGAAAAAUAGGAAUAUCAGGAAAAAGAAUUCUCUUUUAAAUAAGCGUCGUGCAAUAUCUGGUAAAGCUUUAUUGCAAACUGUUCCACCACCAAUUAAACAUGGUUGGUUGUAUCAAAGAUUGCGUUCCAAAAAUCAUCAAGUUCCCAAGUGGGAAAAAAGAUUAUUUAUUCUAAUUGAUAGUACCUUGUAUGGAUUUUCUUCUUUGGAGGCAUCUAAAGCUAGUUGCAUGUUGAUUCUGCCAGGAUAUACAGUAUCUCUGGCAACUGAAGUAAAGUCUCGUGAACUGGCAUUCAGAGUUUAUCAUACAGGUAUAGCAUUUUAUUUUUCAGCAGAGAAUCAAGAUGAACUGACACAAUGGCUACAACUUCUGGGUCAAGCAACUCUUAGUCAUGAAAAUUUGAAUGAUAAAGAAUAUUCAAAAUUAUACUCUGAAAGUGAUACUUCUGACGAUGAUAAAGAUAACAAUGACCAAAGCAUUGAUAAUUCUGACCAAUCCACAUCAUGUGUUCGUAAAACAGAAUCAAAAAGCACAUCAUCGACUGAUAAAGCAGGAAAAUCAGAUAAAAGUCACAAUUCAAAGUUUGGAUCAUUAAAAAAGUUUGCCAGAUAUAAACAGACAUCGGAAGAAAGUUCUGGUUCUUCAACUAGUUUAGAUCGGAAGUAUCUUAGAUUUUUUUCUAAAAAUACUGAGAAAUCAAAAAAUGCUGAUAAAGCAAUUAUCAAAGCAAAUUGUGAUAUGCCUAUUCCUACAGCACAAUAUCGUAGUUAUAGAAAAAUUCCUCAGAAUAUAUCGACUCCUAGUCCCAGUUUUCAAGUUUCUGAUUACUCACUAUCAGAAGAUUUUAAGAACAAAACAGAAAUGAAAGAUAAUAUAAAUGUCUUAAAACAGGAUUCAAGUAAUAGUUCCCUUAAGCAUACAAUCAAAAUUUCUACAAUUAAUUAUACACAUGCAUCAAAUCCCAAUUUGGUGGAUUUUGAUGCUACUGAUUUUGCCAAUAAGACUCAUCAAUUUAAAAGCCCUUUAGAAAAAUCACCAUUAAGAUCUGAGAGUUUAAGUGGCUUUGUAACUCUAGAACAAUUUAUGCUAAAUAAGCAGAAAGAAGACCAUAUGCAAGCAUAUUCAAACCGUGUUAUAUGUGGUGUAGAAGGUGGUAAAGUUAAAGACAUUAAUGUGAAUAAAACAUUUAAAGAUAAACAUAAUUUAGCUGGCAAUGAUGAAAUUCACAAACAGUUGCAGAAAAUUGUACCAGAUGUUAUUUAUGGACAAUUAAAUCAGGAUACCAAAUCUCUUCCUAGAAAGUUACUCAAUGUUCAAAAUAGAACAUUGCCCAAAACACCCGAUACUUAUCCAGUUAAAAAACAACCAUAUAAAUCUUUGCCACGAAAAUUAUUUCAAAGCCGACUUGAUGACAAAGAAUAUGAAAUGAUUCAUGUUAGCGAUGAUGAUGAAAAUGUAUUUGGUACAAAUCAAGCAAAACCAUCUUAUAAUGAUUACAAAUGCGAAAGAAAUAGAAAAAAAUCCAAUGAUCAAUACACAUGUGAUGAGGGCAUUUCUGUCUUAUCAAAUAAAGAGUUUAAUGAAGCGAAUGACAGUCUGUCGGAUAAGAGGAAAUAUGUUAGAGAUGGUUUUAGAAAUCUAAAUAGCAAUUUAUUUGCAAUUGAAAAAUCUUCAAAAUAUACUACAGAGUUAAAACCUGUUACUCAGUAUACGCCGAUGAAUUUGCCUAUGAAGAAAAUAGCAAAUCAAACAGUGGAUAUUAAUCUUGACAAAAGGUAAAUAAUAAUACUAUUAUUUAAUAUUCCAUAACAAGAUAUCUUUUGAUGCGAUUAAAUUAAUUUAAUUGCCAGGAUUAGAAUCAGAUUCAAAAGGAAUUCUUGUAUUGUUUGUAUCUUACGUGCUUCAUUUAAUUUCUUUUGAUAGGAAAGAUUAAAUAUGGUCAGACUUAAAUAAAUACUUAUUAUCAUUUUUAAACAUAACAAUUAAAUGAUUUAAAUUGUAAAUACUAUUUAUAAUUACAAAAAACUUAAGGAAAUUGCUGCUUUUAGUUAUUCUGCAGAGCACAUAC